AAAAUAGAAAAAAAAAAGCUGAUAAGGAAACAAACUUUGACCUUCGUAAUGUAUUUACUUCAAUAUAAGUUGUUGUCCGACGGUGAAAGACUCUAUAACAUCGAGUUACUUCUUAAGAAUUGGUUGUUCCUUUGUUAAGUAACAUAUAAAAUGGCAAACGUAAUUAUACUUCAAUCGCCGCCACCAAAGUUAGAAGAUGUCCAAAAAAAAGUUUUUAGCACCGGGGCCUUAGAGUUUUUGGCUAAUUUACACAGGGAAUUCGAUGAAGAAAUAAGCCAACUGUAUGAGAACAGACAAAAACGGGCGGUGGAGUUACAAUCAUGUCCAAAACUGGACUUUCAGAAAUCGCCGGAGAGGUUGGAUAAAUCAUGGACUAUUGCACCAUUGCCGUUGAGACUUCAAAACCGUCAUCUAGAUCUCGGGGAUGUCUCCCCCACUAACACAGCACAUUUUGUGUCUGCGCUCAAAACCAAUGUGCAAGGCAUCCAAGUGGACUUUGAUGACGGGCACUGCCCAACGUGGCGCAACCAGCUGGUGGGCUACCAGAACAUCUACUUGGCUGUGAACGGGAAGCUGCAGGGAGCUCCGGUGAGCAUCAGCAUGUGCCCUGUCCUUAUGCUCAGGCCCAGAGCUUGGAAUAUCAUUGAGCAUAAUAUUCUGAUUGAGGGCAAGGAAGCAAUAGGACCACUUGUGGAUUUCGCAAUCCUUAUGUACCACAAUGCCAAAAAGCUUCACGAAGCCAACAGCGGACCGUACUUCUACUUAUCCAAACUAGAGGGCGCAAGGGAAGCUAAACUGUGGAAUAGCAUAUUCGUCUGGGUGCAGCAACAGCUGGACAUUCCUCAAGGAACUAUCAAGGCUUGCGUUUUGAUUGAAAAUAUUGUGUCCACGUUUGAAAUGGAAGAGAUCCUGUAUGCUCUAAGGGAACAUUCGUUGGGAUUGAAUUGUGGUAUCUGGGAUUAUUGUGCAUCAAUUAUCAGUAAAUUCGGCAGCCGCAAAGAGUUCCUUCUCCCGGACCGCAACAAGUACGUGAACAUGUCUCGACACUUCCUGAGCUGCUACAUGCGCCUGGUGGUGGGCACGUGCCACGCGCGCGGCGCCCCGGCCACCGGCGGCAUGGCCGCCGCCAUGUUGAAGCCUGGAGCCACCGCUGACGACAGAGAAUCCAAGGAGAUAAUAAACAAGAUAUUGGAAUCGAAGAUUAAGGAGAUCGAGGCAGGCGUCGAUGGGUUCAUGGUGUAUGACUCCAGAGUUGUGCCCUUCGUUAAUGAGCUGUGGAACAAAAGCAGCUCCACCCCCAACCAGAUAUCCAAACAGCUGUCGCUCCACAUAACCGCCGAGGACCUGCUGACCAUCCCCAGCGGCGGGGUGAGCCUGCAGGGCCUGCGCCACAACGUGGCCGUCUCCAUCCUGUUCAUAUACCACUGGCUGGCCGGCGUCGGACACUUCUUCUAUAGCGGGAAUGUUGAGGACUCCGCCACCGCGGAGAUUUCCAGGACACAGAUUUGGCAGUGGAUCCGGUUUGCUCCUCACCUAGAAGACGAGCCGAAGCAGCAGGUGACGGCGCGCCUGGUCGACAAGACGGCCGCCAGCUUCGCCGCGCACGCGCACAAGAACCUCUGCCGCUCCAGCGCCGAGAAGAAGAGACUCACUGCUGCGAGAUACAUGAGCAUGGAGUUGUUCCUGGCGCGGAGCCCGCCGGAGUUCGUCACGAGCUUCCUCAACGACAACCACAAGUUCCGCACGCUGCACAACAAGGCGCUGCUCAGCAACCUCUAACCUGCACACAAUGUUACUGCUUCAGCCGCCAACGACUAUUUAUACACCGUGUUUUUUUUGUUUUCCGUUAAAUUCGAUAUUCCGUUAAAUUCGGAAUUUUUGA